AUGAGGAUAGGGGAAGAGAAGAGGAGGUUGAGCAGGAGCAGUGAGAGAAUCAGCAGGGAGAUAUUAGCAGCAGAUAUACUGGACCACCACCAGCAGCACCACCACGAGGACCACGACGACGCCCUUCACGUCCUGAUACUAGUGGUAGCAGUAGUACUAAUACGAGAGGAGAACUGCAAGUGCUGGGAGCAACGUCGUCACCCUCAGCAACAAUGUCAGCAACACCAGGAGCAACGGAAGGAGGAACAGGAGCAGGCGGCGGAAGUGGUGGAGCGUCUCCGGGCGAAGACGGAGCAGCAGCAACGGAAGGAGGAGGAGCGGCAGCAGCAGGAGAAGGAGGAGGAGAAGGAGCAGCAGCAGCGGAAAGGGGGAGCGACAGCAGGGGCAGGUGCAUCGUCCGGUGGACGGCAGCAGCAGCAUCACAAUAGCGUUGAUAGAGCGUUUCUGCGUAUUCCCAUAGAAUGUGCUCUUCGAAGUUUCAAGAGUUGUCAUCGCAAGAUUAAUCGUGACAUUGCAGUUAUUCUCUCUUAUCUACUCAAAGGGAAGCUUGCUGCUCAGUUUCUGAGCGACGCUGCGUCCACUGAAGAAAAAAUAAAGAAACUUGACGUCGUCAUUGAGAAGCUGCAGAAAGUCAGGGAGAAGGCACAGCGAGGCAGCGCAGAGUCACGUGCAUAUUUGCUGCGAUGUCAAAAGCGUUUGCGUCGGUUAGUUGAAGAACCCGACAUUGAGGACUUACAUUCAAAGGAGGGCUUUUCUUACUCUUUUUAUGGUCGGCGAGUUGCCUGGGAAGUACACGAAUAUCUCUGCCGUUCAGGAAUGCUCGCUACUGCGGGGGUCAUGAAAGACAAAUUGCGUUUGGAGCCAUACACUGACACAGAAGUAUACGAGGAAGUCCUGGAGGUGCUUGCGGGACUGCUACGCCAAUCAACUGAAGCCGCUCUCGCGUGGGUCGCUGAACAUCGUCCAAAACUGAAAAAACUGGGAUCCCCGUUCGAGUCUGAGUUGCACGUACAGCAUGUGUUGGGGCUUCUGCAACAGCGGAACGCAAAAGUUGCUGUUACUUAUCUGAAAGCGAACGUAGGGCCUGAUGACUUUGCUCGAUGUUCGGACAUUCGUAAGGUAGUUACUCUAACGGCACUGCUGGAGGACCCGCCCCCCCAAUAUGCGAAGCUUUUUGGAGCUGACAGAUGGCACCGUCUGUCGUGUUUGUUUCUCCAGACCAGCGCUCAAGUCUACGGCUUCUCUUUGAAACCCACGCUAAUAGCCCUGCUGCAGGCUGGGUUCUCUGCAUUACGUUCUGCUGCAUGUGACGAACAGAAGUCUGCCAGCUGCCCGGCGUGUCUUCCGGAGUGGCGGGAGUAUGUGAGGCGUGUGCCAAUGCCUCAUCGUGUGCAGAGCUUCCUUAUCUGUCCGAUAAGUGGAGAGCUCAUGGACGAUAAAAACCCGCCACUGGCUAGUCCUGACGGACAUGUCUACUCUACAAAAGCGGUGCAUGCACUUGCGGCUGCUUCCGCUGAUCAGAAGUCGAUACUCUGUCCUAAGACGCAGCAGACAUAUCCUCUAGAGCGUUUCAGUCGUAUAUACGUCACAUGA